AACUGUCAGCACUCACUCAACAGACUCCAAACUCUCUGGAACAGCACACCGAAUCCAGACUUUCUGGCCAAGAACAACAUUCUUUUUUCAUCCUACAAGACAAGCAUCAGUAAGUGAGCAGGAUUGUUUUUACAUUUUUGAAAACAGAAAAUCUGCAGUUAUAGUUUAACAGAUCUAAAAAGAGUCAGUUAGAGUAGCUAAACAAAACAUCAGCAAAAUGCAAGCCGUACGCCAGUGUUCAGCAUGUGCAAGACAUGCUGCAGGAGGACUUGUACGAAAUCAAGAUGUCUCCCUGUUGCAAAGGAGAGGUGCAGCCUGCAUCCGCUACCUCAGCACCUCUGAGAAGAGGAAGUCUGGGGUCCAGAAACUUGGAGAUCUGACAAACCCUACACACAUCAGCCUGGCCUCAUUAAGUGUCAGUCACGGGCUUUGGCAGGUGGAGGAUCUUUCACAUAACUCACUGAUCAGGAGAGCUGCCUCAGUGCUGACAGACAGCUCAAGUGCGUUCCUCUCUCAGGCCACCUUGGCUCUCAUGGAUGCACUGACAGACUACUCAAAGGCUGUGCACUCACGCAUCACUUUCCAAAAAAGAUAUCUAGCGUCACUGGGCAAGAUGAGCCCAUCAGAGGAGGAAUCCCUCCAGAGGGCGAUCAGUGGCUGGCGUGCAGAAGCUGCUGAGAGACUGAAUGAAUGCAAACAUUAUGACUCAACCUGGAUCAAUGCUGUCAACCUCUCCAAAAUGGCAGCUCAGGCAGCACACUCCUCAGGAGCCCAUCAGGCAUCCAUCUUGGUCCAAACAAACAUCCAGGUAGCCCAGUCACAGGUAGAGGAGGCACGGAAACUGUCAGCAGAGGCCGAUAAGAAGCUGGCCGAGACCAAAGUGGAAGAGAUCCAGAGAAUGGCAGAAUACAAUGCUUUUCUAGAGGGCAGCGAGGAACAUGAAGUGCAUGAGGCUUAUCUACGGGAGGACUGAGCCAGGCACAGCAGAAACCAUGUCAAAGUGCGACUGAUUUCUUUUGGAAACUUUGAUCUACUUUCAGCGUUUGUUUUCUCUUUACUUUAACUUCAGUUUGGAGUCUGUAGCAUUAUAUAUGUUGAACAUAUUUAUAUUUAUAAGACAAAGUCUAAUUUUCAAAAGGGUAAUAACUGAAUAGCACUUUUGGGGUAUUAGCCACUGUAUCACUUUGUAAGUCUAUUUAUUUGAUUAGUGAAUGUUCUACAAUUAAACUAUGAAAUUGACAGUGAAUACUGUGAAAGAGGAGCUUUUCACUGUGGGGUGUAUGAGAAUAACAACAAAAGCGGAUGUUUUACUGUAACAAGCAUAUUUUCUUAUUAUUGUGUUUAUAAUUUUUGUUAUGUCUAAAAAUAAAAGAUAAAAAAGUGGAAAAA